AUGGACCCCGGCAAAAUCAUCAAAGAAACUGUCCAAGACGGAAAAUCCGGACUCUCCCGAACCCUCUCCUACACCGCUUGCAAAAUCGUCGGAAACGGCAGUUUUGGGGUCGUGUUCUCUACGCGAUUGUUGGCGGGGGAGGGAGGACAGGUGGAGGAGGAAGCGGCGAUUAAGAGGGUUUUGCAGGAUAAGAGGUUCAAGAAUCGGGAGUUGCAGAUUAUGAGGUUGGUUAGGCAUCGGAAUAUCGUGGAUUUGAAGGCGUUUUUUUAUUCGAAUGGGGAGAGGAAAGACGAAGUCUACCUCAACCUCAUCCUCGAAUACGUCCCCGAAACCGUCUACCGCGCCUCCCGCUACUUCGCAAAACUCAAAACCGUCAUGCCCAUGAUCGAAGUAAAACUCUACAUCUACCAACUCUUCCGUUCCCUCGCCUACAUCCACUCCCUCGGAAUCUGCCACCGCGAUAUCAAGCCCCAGAAUUUGUUGCUCAAUCCGGCGACGGGCGUGUUGAAGUUGUGUGAUUUUGGGUCGGCGAAGAUUUUGCAGCCGGGGGAGCCGAAUGUUAGUUAUAUUUGUUCGAGGUAUUAUCGGGCGCCGGAGUUGAUUUUUGGGGCGACGAAUUAUACUACGAAGAUUGAUGUCUGGUCAACUGGUUGUGUCAUGGCCGAACUCAUGCUCGGACAACCCCUCUUCCCCGGCGAAUCCGGCAUCGACCAACUCGUCGAAAUCAUCAAAGUCCUCGGCACCCCAACCCGCGAACAAAUCAAAACCAUGAACCCAAACUACAUGGAACACAAAUUCCCCCAAAUCAAACCCCACCCAUUCUCCAAGAUCUUCCGAAAGGGCACCCCCGCGGACGCGAUCGACCUCAUCACCAAACUCCUCGAAUACACACCCUCUGCCAGACUUUCCGCCGUCGAGGCGAUGUGUCACCCGUUUUUCGAUGAGUUGAGGGAUCCGCAUACGAGGUUGCCGGAGAGUAGGAAUCCGGGUGGUGGGAUGAAGGAUUUACCCGUGCUUUUUGAUUUUGAUGAGAGGGAGUUGAGUGUUGCGCCUGAGAGGAAUGAGGUACUCGUUCCGGGGCAUGCGAGGGAGGGGUUGCUUGCGAGGGGGAUUGAUUUGGCGAAUUUUAGGCCGAUGACGGUGGAGGAGAUGAGGGUUACGUUGGAUUAG